AUGAUCACCAAGUUCUUCUCCAAGAUUGUGGUUAAGUUCAAUCCUUUUGGGCCAGAGGCCAAAUGCGCGCGCUCUUUCAUUGGGCUCAUUUCGCCUCAGCUUCGUCAGACAUGCCAGGUCGACCUCGAAGUGCUGCCUAGAGCAAGCACUAAACCUCCGCUUCUCAAAGUGACGUUCAAAGAUAACACCUCGAUGGAGGGCAAUCCGGCCGAGCAAACGCUGGAGGAUAUUAGCCAGAUGCUCGAUAGACACUCAAGACAGCUACAGUUCAAGGAAGACGCAAACAGAUAG